AUGUCAACUUACUUGGCCAAGGCUGUCGGUGGGCAGCCAAGGGGCGGUGGGCCCCAGCAGCAUCACCAGCAAACGGCAGGGGGACUGCAACACAAUGGAGCAGUCAAGUCGAACCCAGCCCGCCAGACAGUUGGCUUCAGCGUUGCAAGCAAUGCUGAUAGGCUUGGCUUCAUUGGCAACGUGCUUAUCGGCUACAAGGUGGAAGCGCAGGUGUCCAGCGGCAUGGUUUACGAAGGCGUAUUCGGGUCAUUGCAUAACGACAGCACUGGUGUGUCGUUUAUCCUUAAAUACGCAAAAGUUAUAAAGAAUCCUACUACCUCGUCAGACCGGAAUGCCCUUGCGGAGAAGCCCGUGCCUAUCCUGACCAUCCCAGCUGCGGACCUCGUCCAGCUCUAUGCAAAGGAUGUACGGCUGAGCGCUGAGGAUCUGUCUGGGGCAGACCGCAGCGAUGUCGGCUUUGAGACAGACGCGGCUAUCUCCAGAGGCCGUGGCGGGUGCGUCCGGGAGCUACAGCGGUGGCAACCUGACGAGGGCGACGACUCGGCCUUCUUUAGCCUGGAGUCCGCGAACGACAGCACAGGCUGGGACCAGUUUGCAGUCAAUCGCGACCGGUUCGGGGUGCAGACAACCUGGAAUGAGCACUUCUACACCACAAAAAUCAAUCCCGAGGAGUGUCGGAUUUCUGAGGCGGAGGCACAGCGCAUCGCCAAAGAAAUCGAGCAGGGCAAUACUACCAGCACGACGAAUAUCCACCUACUGGAAGAGCGGGGAGGGGAGCUGUCCGUGGAUGUGGACGAAGAGGCCUUGUACGGCGCAGUCAUUCGGGACGAAGCGCCGGGUCCCUAUCAACACCCCAACCAUCACCAGCAGCAGCAACGGCGACAGCAGCACCAGGCGCGAGCGCCGCAGCAGUCUGUCCCCGAGCGUGUUGCAGCUUGGGGCAGAGCAGGCUCAGGUGUGGCGGCAGUUGCAGGCGGCCUGGCAACUGCACAGCAGCAUCACCAGCAACAACAGCAUCACCAGCACCAAACCCAGCGUGGCAAUCUCUCGGGAGGUGGGUUGCUGGCCGUAAAGGCCACGAGCGUUCCCGUGCCGGUGCCCUCUGCGCCGGCAUCGGUGGGAGGUGCUGCACCCACACCGGACACGGGUAGCGGGAGUGCUGGCAGCAGCACGGCCGGCGCCACGGCGCCUAUCGACAUUGACCCACGGAAGGAGGUCAACAAAGUCCGCAGCUCGCUUACCACCUGGCCGAAGAAGGACCGCAGCUCUCCGUACGGAACCCCGCGGCUAGGGAUGUCCCGCUCGCCCGUGUUUGCGAGCCCGCUAGUGGGAGACCCUGUCUCAUUUUCAGCCCUGGACCUGGACCCCGGGGCACCUCAGCAGGUACGGCUGGACCCGGAGGCGCAAGCCGAGUUCCUGCGAUUUAAGGAGGAGCAGAACAAGAAGCGACUGGGCCAGAUGGGUGCGGACCUGAAGAAGGCGGCUUCCUCCAGCUUUAAAGAGCGCGCCCCGUUGGCCGCUGGGAACGGUACUGCUGCCGCGCCGAGCGGCGCGGAGUCAGCGCCGGCGGCGGCCGCCGCCACGGUCCCCGCAGCUACCGCCGAUGCCCCAGCGUCUGCAGCGGCCGCUGCUGCCGCUGCUGCUGCUGCCGUUGCAUCGCUGGUCGCGGGUCCUGCACAUGCCGCCGUGGCGUCACCUGCUGUGCCGGCUAGUAGCGCAUUGCCAACGCCAGCACCUCCGGCAGCACCAGCGCCAGCGGCCACUCCUGCUGUGAUCAACACCGCAGCUGCACCGGCAGCUACGGCGGAUGGCAUGGAAGGCAACAAACCCAAGCUGUCAUCGAAGCUGAAUCCCAACGCCAAGCCGUUUUCUCUCAACAUCAACGCCAAGGAGUUUGUGCCGUCUUUUGCGAUGAAGUCCGCUCCGCCAUCGGUGACUGUCGCCCCGACGGCACCGACAGCUACGACGGCUUCCUCCACACCGGCUGCACCAGCAACCCGCAGCACCAGCAAUAGUGUCGCAAUGGGAGCCCCAGCGGCGGUGGUGACGAGCAGCGUCAGCGCGGCCUCUGCGGCAACCGUCGCUGCGGUGGCGGCAAGCAGCGCCGCUGCCGCGGCGGCCGCCUCAGCAUCGAAUGUGCCAUCCGCGCCACCUGCAGCCGCGGCUGCGGCCGCUCAGGCUGCUACCACGGCGGUUUCCAGCGGGCAAAUGAGCUACAUUCCGGGCGCUGGAGCGCACGGGCUGACCGUCACCUACCACCACAGCAGCAGCGCUCACAGCCAUGGUCACGGCCACGGGGGUUCCCAGCAGGCGCAUUAUGGUCACGCCGGGCAGGGCAGCGGCCUGCACAUGGGUCACGGCCAUGCCGCAUUGCAUCACGAGCGCGGCGGCUACGGCGGCGGCGGGAACGGGUCCAUGACUCGGGAGCUGCGUGAGCAUGGCGGGAUGUACCAUCGCAGUGGGGACUCGUUCCGCUCCACAAUCUCCGACGGCGUGGGCGGCGGAGGCUACCGGGGUGGCAGCGGAGGCGACCCAUUCCGCACUGGUGCCGGUUCGGGAUCAGGGGAUGGCUACCAUCAUCACCACCAUCAAUACCACCACAAGGCCGGUGGAGGUGCUGCCGCAGAGCAUCAUAUGGUCAACAAGGCCGCUGACCCCCACAGCUCCGCCGCCGGUGCGCUGCACAAGGUCCCGCCGCCCCCUCCGCAAGGACCCAUGGCGGCGGAGGGUCCCAUGGGUCCCAUUAUUAGCGUCGCUCCGGCUACCAUGGCUCCUCACCAUGUCAUUGGGGCUAUGGCGCCCAUGACGGCCGCCGGCAUGGCCCCCAUGGGGUACAGCAUGGUGCUCCAGGCAGGACCAGGCGGCAGUUAUGUGGCAUCUGCUAUGCCCCCGGGAACCGUCGCGAUCCCUGCCACGACCAGCGGCGGGAUGCCAAUUAUCGGUUAUGUGGCACGGCCGCCAGCCGGCACGCCCAUCACAGCCGUUACCCCGGGUCUAGCCAUGAUGGGCGCGCCUGGCAUGACGACGCCGUACGGUGCCCCUGUCGGUCCGUACAUGACUGCCGCGCCAGGCACGAUGCCUCCGCCUAGUCCCACGGGUCGACCGCCGUCCACGGGAUAUUUCCAGCCUGCCGGCACGUACCCCAUGAUAGCGACGGCGGCGCAUCCAGGCGGCCCGCAUGGGCAUGCACAUGCGCAUGCAGCGUCGAUGGGCGGGCAACCCGCCGGGCCCAUGGCCGGUCACCACCUAAUGUCGGGUCCGGCCGGUCACGGACAUGGCCACGGGCCCGGCCACAUGACCCAGCACCAGCACCUGCAGGACGGUCGUGGGCCCCUGGGCCCCGGGGGACCCAAGGGUAUUCGGCAGGGUGGUCGGCCGCCGCGCAUGGAUCACGAUCGGAUGGCGCGGGAUCUGGACUGA